AUGGAAACGUCAGAGAAACAGACCAACCCCACCGUGGACCAUGAUGCGAAUACGAUGUCUGCCAUCAAAGACAACAGCUACGAGACGCAGGACCCUGCCGCACAACAUGCGCAAGAUCCCUGGGGCUCAAUGCCGAAGCGCAAACCAGUUCCGACGGCCAUCGCCGCGAUCGGCACGGAUGAAGCAGCAGCUCCUACCGAAGCAAGUGCAGCAAUCGCCAAAUCCGUGCCAUCUGGCAAGAAGCGAGCCUGGUUUCCCUUGGGCGGUGUUGGUGUUUGGUUCACUUCGCAGAGGCGAUCGCGCAAGAUCCUCAUCAUCGGCAUUGGAGCAGGCAUUCUAAUUCUUGCCCUGAUUAUCGGUCUUGCGGUCGGGCUGACCGUGGGAAAGAAGAACCACUCCAAUCUCUCGCUUCCAACCUCCAACGGCGGCCCCUACGAGGGAGAUCUGACUUACUACAACCCAGGCCUCGGGGCCUGCGGCUACACCAACACUGACUCCGACAUGAUCUGCGCAGUAUCACAUAUCCUGUUCGACGCCGCCUCAACAGGCUCAAAUCCCAAUGCGAACCCACUCUGUGGGCUGAAGCUGAGACUGCGCCGCAAUGGGGUAAGCGUGGAUGUGAAAAUUGUCGACCGUUGUGUCGGCUGCGCAGUCACGGAUCUGGACGUCACUGAGGCAGUCUUCAAGAAAGUGGCCGAUCUGGAUCAGGGCCGAGUAACGAUGGAAUGGUCCUGGCUGGAGACGUCUCCCGUCUCGGUCUCCUGA